UGACGCGCUUUUGAAUAUAAACGACGCGCCGAAGGGAAUUUGUUAUUUGUCCGGUUUUUUGUGCUGCGUCUAGUAGUCCUUGUGCCCGUCGAAUGGAAGUGUCAAAUCGCCCGUGCCAGUCGCCCCAGCAGCCCAGUCAGUAGGAGCACAGGUUUCUCGGGAUAGUGUUUGCUGCUACUCGGCAAAUACAAACAUUAAGUGAAAAUUUUCCACACUCUUUUCUGUCGGUCGUGUAUAUAUAUUUUUUUUUUUGCUAAAGUGCCGUUGCGCCAGCGCCGUUUUUCGGUUUGUUUUCGGUUCGGUUUUCGGGGAAAAGUGCCGUUGUUCGUAGGAGCCCAGUGACCCAGGGAGGCCCGCACCAUGGACCUGCGCAGCUGGCGUAAGGUCCUGAUCCAGUGGGUCAUAGAGUGCCACUUCACCGAGCACAACUUCAUCACGCUGGAGCAGUCGGACAUCGACGCCUUCUUCGCGGUCUACGUGCACAAGGCCCAGGUGGCGCCGCCGGAGGAGGAGGACGCGCUGCCCGCCCAGCCCGAGGAGCACCGCUCCCACCUGCAGAACUUCCUCAGAGACCACUAUCCAGAGUUCAGUGCCCACAUAGACGGCCAUGGACACCUUGUGACCGCGGACUACGUGUACGUCUACACACUGCUCCUGCACUACGCGUGCGUGAAGCAGCCCAGCGUGUUCAUCCACAGCAUCUGCAAGAAGCUGCCGGAGCUGGUGCAGACCUGCAUCGCCAACUUCUUCGGCCAGACGAUGGAGCAGCAGCUGACGCGGCAAUAUCUCCGCCAGGCCAUGAGCAAUGUGUCUGUGGUUUACCGCCAGGGCGUCCAGAUCAGCCCCAGUCGGCCCAGCUGCAGCGCCAUGAGUCCCGAACUGAACGUUGAUAUCACACCGGGCACCCCCUCGUCCCCGUCCGCAUCGCCUCAGCUGCCGAGCAGCACGCCACAGAUCCGCCACCGUGAUCGCCUGCGCCUCCAGAUGUCUGCCAACGACUUGCUGGCUCCGUCCACACCCAAGACCGAGCUGCUGGAGCAGCGCACCCGGGAGCUGCGCGGUGUGCGCGCCCAGCUGGAGAUGGUGUCCUACGAGAAGACCGUGCUCGAGGAGCAGCAAGCGGAGAAGGAGAACCUCAUCAAAACGCUGAACAAAGAGAACAAGAUGGCCAAAAAGCAACUGGCCAAGCUCAAGAACGCCGUCCAGAAUGGGCAGGACGACGAUGCCACGGCCGACUACGUGCACAAUGAUUUUGAUCAUCUGAAGCGGAGUCUGAUGAAGGAAAUCAGCCAAAAGGAGGCCAUUAUAGCCGAGACCAACGAUAAGCUGCAGGAUUUGUGCGCGGAAAAAUCCGAGCUGGUCGAGAAGCUUAAAACAUCCGGGGACAAACUGCUCGCGUGCGUUGACAGAAUCCGGGAGCUGGAGCAGCGCCUGGAGGAGUCCAGCCUGGUCGUGACUUCUAGAGAAGAAACGAUCACCUGCUUGGAGCGCGACAAGCAGGAGCUGGAUCGUUGUCUACAGGAGGCGCGCGAGGAGUUGCACAACCGACGCGAGGUUCUUAAUGCGUCCUCGGACUUGCUCAACUGUUCCCUGUCCCCGAACACCACGCCCGAGAAUCUGGCCAGCUCUGUGAUCGACAAGCAGCUGCGCGAGAAGGAGCACGAGAACACCGAACUGAGGGCAGAGAUGCAGAAGCAGAACGCGUACUUGCAGGAGGUAAGCCAGAGUGUGGCCUGCUUCGUCCAGAAGCACAGCAUCGAGCCGGACCCUCUGGCUGACGAUGGGUCCCCAUCCCUGCUGUCCAGCAUCACGAUGAUCGAGUUGACAUUUGCGGCGGAGGUGGCCAAGAGCAUGCGUCUGCAGAAGCAGUGCGACAGUCAGAGCGAGGAUAUCGAGGGUCUUACCUCAAAGCUCCAGCGGUCACUUAAAUCUCUGGAAGAACAGAGAGUACAGUUGGACGAGGCCAGGAUCAGGAUUGAUGAGCUUGAGCAGAAAGCUGCCGAAGCGAGACAUAGUCAUGCCAGACAGAUUCAAAAAUUGCAGGAGAAUCACGAUCACGACAUUAACGUGUUCCACUUGGAGAAUAAGAGGUUGUUAAAACUCCAGGAUGAGCUCAAUGAGAUGGUGGCCAAGGGGGACGCACAUCUGGCCGAGGUGAAGGAGCAUCUGGGCGAGAAAGAGCGCCAGAUAGACGGCUUGGGUGCUCAAAUCUCGGACCUGCGCGAGCGGAACAAGGCACUCGGAAAUAGGAUCAGCCUGCUUGAUGGGGAGCGAAGCAGGGAGGCGAGCCGUUCGGAGAAGGAGCUGCGCUGCCAUACGUACUUGCGUGACAAGUAUAACCAUUGCCGGGGCCAGCUUGAGGCUAGGAUCGAUGCCAUGGAUCGGUUGAUCCGCCAACUGGAUGCUUCGGACUGGGACACCGCGUGUCAAAGCGUGCUCCAUCUGCAGUCUGAACGCGAAUCCCUCAGGGUGACCAUGGAAUCGCUAAAUACGUAUAUAAAGGCAAGGGCGGAUGAGGAGCAGCGCCUCACCAGCCAACGGGAUGAGCUAAGUACCCAAAACGAGUCGCUGAGCCAGCAGUACAGCAAGUUAAAGGAUGAUUCAGACGCUUUUCUGGGCCGCAUCACUAGCCUCUUGAGGGCUGAUAACUCUGUGGCCUCCCUGGCAUCCUCCAUUGGCAAGCAAUUCCGUGAUAUUGAAUCGUUGGUCGAGCAGCAAGUGAGAACAUUGCAUGAGACAGAGGCGGAGGUGAGUGGAUUGAAUGAUCAGGUGGCAGAUCUUGAGCAACGCAAUGCAGAGCUCGUCACCCAGGCGCUCGAAGAGGGGGAAAGACUGAGCCGAAAGUUGGAGGUCACUUCAGCCAAGCUGAAUGAGGAGAUGAAAAAACAGCAUAUCCAGCUUGAUAAGCAGAGUGACGAGAUCGCCAGCCAUAACAGAAAGGUUGGCCUGCUAGAAAAGGCUCUGAAGAAAACGCAAGACAAGCUGGCGAAGGCUCAGGUGAAGAUUCAAAGCCUAAGUGCAACAGCCAUCAAUUCCAUUGCCAGCAUCGAACCUCGUCUUUUGAAAUUGGGUUCAAUCUCCAAUUAUGCUGGCUGCACUGAUCCCAACGACCCCUCGCAGUUCCAGUCUUGGAUGACCCACUUUGUGGACAUCUAUGACCAAAUGGAUGUCAGUCGUCAGACUCUGGAGAACCGGUACGUGGAGGCCUCAAGGCUAAUGGAUACGCUUAGCAAGGCCAAGAAGGAAUUGGAGGAGCAGGUGCACCAGCUGCAGAAUCAGACGACUAGCGGUCAGCUCCCCAUGCUGAAGCAGCUCAACGAAACCAUCAACAACUUGGAGCAGGUGAACGACAAGCUGACCAAGGACAACAUUAAGCUACACGACAUGAAUCUGGAGUUGAGUCAGAAUCUCAUGAAGUCCCACGGCGAGGUGGAACGUCGCGUGACCAAAUUCGUCCAGUUGGAGGCUUCGGACAGGCGAAAGGCCAGCGAUUUGCAUGAUUGCCGAAAGAAGCAGGAUGAACAGAGAGCUGAACUGAAGUCCAUGCAGGAAAAGAUGGCCACGUUGAAGGAAACGUAUGAGAAACAAAUUGAAGAACUGAAAGCCAGCUGUGAUCAGCAGUCCAAGGAAGUUGAGAAAGUAGCGGAUAUAAGUCAGGACUUGCAGGUGAACCUUAAGCAAACCGAGAAUUUAUCAAAAUUAGUGGAGGAGCACAAGCAGCUGUUGAAGAACACCAAGGAUGAGCACGAAAAGCGUUGCAAGGAGCUCGAGAAACAGUUGGCGGAAAAGGAUGAAGAGCUGGCAAAGUUAAAGGCUUUGGAGGCAGAGUGUCAAAAGCGCUGCCAAGAUCUCGAGAAGCAACUGGCGGAGAAGGAGUCCCAGUCCUCGGAGUUGGUCAAAGAGCACGAAGUCGAAGUUAAGAAAAUAAAAGCGGAGCUGGAGGAGGCUCGCUAUCAGGAGAACGAGAUGCGCCUGCAGGACAAAGAGCUGCGCCAGACCAUAGAGACGCACAAGCAACUGUUAAGAGAUGCUAGCUCCGAUCUGCAGGACUCUCGCCUUAAGGAGCAGAGCUUGCGCCAAACUAUGGAGACCCACAAGCAGCUAAUGAUAGAGUCGGGACCCAGCGAGGAGCUCCUCAGUUUGCGUAAUAAGCUCCUGGAGAAGGAGAAGCUUACCAAUGAACUCAGGGCAAAGGUAGAGAAGCUAGAGUCCAGCGAGGAGCUUCUUACUUUGCGCAAUCAGCUUCAGGAAGAGCAGAAGCUUACAAAUGAGCUCAGGACAAAGGUGAAGAAGUUAGAAUCCAACGAUGAGCUUCUCAGCUUGCGUACUAAACUCCAGGAGGAAGAAAAGCUUAUAAAUGAGCUCAGGGUACAGCUAGAGAAUCGAGAAUCCAGCGAGGAGCUUCAUACUUUGCGCAAUCAGCUUCAGGAAGAGCAGAAGCUUACGAAUGAGCUCAGGACAAAGGUAGAGAAGUUAGAAACCAACGAUGAGCUUCUCAGUUUGCGUACUAAGCUCCAGGAGAAAGAAAAGCUUAUAAAUGAGCUCAGGGUACAGCUGGAGAAUCGAGAAUCCAGCGAGGAGCUCCUCAGUUUGCGCAACAAGCUCCAGGAAGAAGAGAAGCUUAUCAAUGAGCUCAGGGCACAGCUAGAGAAUCGAGAAUCCAGCGAGGAGCUUCUCAGUUUGCGUAAUAAGCUCCAGGAGGAAGAAAAGCUUACGCAUCAGCUCAAGGCGCAGAUAGAGAAGAAAGGAUUCAACAAGGAGCUUGUCAGCUUGCGUAACAAGCUCCAGGAGGAAGAGAAGCUUACCAAGCAGCUCAGGGCAAUGCUAGAUAAGAGAGAAACCAGCAAGGAGCUUGUCGGUUUGCGUAAUAAGCUCCAGGAGGAAGAGAAGCUCACGAAGCAGCUCAGGCAGAAGCUAGAGAAGCAACGGAAGGAGCUGGGCAAGACCAAGGACGUCGAAGAAAUGGAGAUCGCCGAGGAGCAUUUGCGCGGUCUACAAACUAAGCUUAAGGACGAAGAGAAGCUUACAAAUCAUCUGAAGGAGGAGCUGCGCUCGGCCAAGGCCCAACUGGCCAGCGAUGCAAGCAUUACGGCUGAACUAAGAGCACUGUACGACAACUCCAAGGGGGAGCUGAUCAGUGUGCGUAACCAGCUCCAGAGCGAAGCGGAUCUUAUGGAUCAGAUGAAAGUGUUGCUAGACAAGCAACAAAAAGAUCUGGCCAAGGCCAAGGAGCAGCUCAAGAGCGCCGAGAGCUCCAAGGAGGAACUGCUGGCCCUUCAAACCAAACUUCAGCAAGAGCAGAAGCUCACGGAUCAGCUCAAGGAGGAGCUGAGCACGGUCAAGGCCGAACUCGCAAGCAAUGCAAACAGUACGGCGGAACUGCGUAAAUUGUAUGAGAGCACCAGGCAGCAAGUGUUCAGUCUGCAAAGCAAACUUCAGGACGAACAGAAGCUUACGGAUGAGCUGAACAAUCAGCUUAAGGAGAAGCUAAAAAAAUUGAGCGACAGCUCCAAGGAGGAUCUCCUCAGCCUGCAGACUCAGCUCCAUAACGAGGAGAAGGUCAGGGAUCUGCUCAAGAAGAAGCUGGCCGAGAAAGAGGAAGAGCUGGAAGCCACCAAGUGCCAACUUGAGAGCAAUGCCAGUCGAAUCUCGCAAGUAAAUGUAAGCUCCAAGGAGGAGCUGCUCAUCCUGCGGAAUAAGCUCCACGACCAGGAGAACCUAAGUCAUCAGCUCAAUGCUGAGCUGGCCAAACAGCAGGAGCUGCUGAGCACAGCCAAUGGCCAACUCGAAAGCUAUGCAAGUCGAACGGCGGAACUGCAAUCGUGGUACGACGGUGCUAAGGAGGAGGUGGUAAACAUGUGGAUUAGGGUUAGGGACGCAGAAAGCCAUUCGGAGAAGGCCACCGCAGAGCUGAAGAAUCACAAGAUGGAAGAGGAAAGAUUGAAACUCGAAAGGUAUUCCACACUGCGAGAGAUCGACCUGGUUAAGGAGCGCUUGGUGAAGGCCGAGCGCGAGUACCAGGUCAGCCUGGCCACCCUGGAGGACCAAAUCGAAACGCUGGAGGAGCGCCACACAUUGGCGGAGGUGGAGCGUGCCUCUACCAACAAGCGGAUCACCGAGCUGGAGUCAAUUUGCAAGGCCAAGGAUGAAUAUGCCGGCGAACUAAAGGACAAGCUCUUGCGGUCCAAGCUCUUGCACGACCGCCUGGAGCUCGAGAUCAGUUGCCACGUUUCGGAGGUGGAAAAACUAAACCAACAGCUGGCAAAGAAGGAUGAACAGAUGGCUGAAUUGCGCCAAAGCCUGCAAUCUGAAAUCGCUGAGCGAAGCGAGAAGCAGCAAAAGGAUGUGGUCGAGCUGCAGCAACGUUUGGAUAGCGAGAUGGCUAAACGCCAGAAGGCCGAGGAGCAGUUGGCAGCCGUCAACGAACGGCUCACCGGUCUUGUCCAGGAGCUGGACGGCACACGACUCGUCCACGAAGCCUGCCAGUUCGAGCUGGAGGAGAAGACGCGCGAGAUUGAGACCAUUCGUGCCGAGUCGGCGGAGCGCAUUCGUUUCUACAAGGAGCGCCUCGACGCCUUGGAUCAGAAGCUGGCCCAAUGCCACGAAGACCUGGCCGAGCUGAGAACCGCCAACGAGAACCGAUCGCCGAGUCCCAAAGACCUCGGUGCCACCUACAGCAAGGCGGAUGCCCCCGCAAUGGACGACAAUAUGGGCCAGCUGCGCCAGGAGGCGGCGCGAAACAGCAAGCUUGCGCUGGACUGCCAGAUCCUGCAGGCCAAGUACCGCGAUGCCAAGGAUGAGAUCCAGCGCUGCGAGCAGAAGAUCAAGGACCAGCGUCUCGAGAUGGAGGGCAAGCUGGACAAGAUGAAGACCAAGAUGCGCUCCUUGUACACGGCGGAGGUGACCCGCAUGAAGGAGAAGCAGGAGCGGGACGCGGCCAAGAGUGCGGCCGAGAUGGAGGCCCUCACAGCACAGAAUGCCAAGUACGAGGAGCACACGCGCAAGCUGUCCAACCAGAUUGUCCGGCUGAACGAGAAGAUCCUAGAGCAGCAGAAGCAGCAUGCCAUCAUCAGCACCAAGCUGCGCCACCUGCAGCUGCAGCCAGUGUGCGAGGCGAAGCCUACCACGGCCACGAUAACCGUUUCCUCCAGCUCGGCGACGGCGGCCAACGAGGACUGGCAACCCUUCAAGCGGCCCAAUGCACCGUCCUCCAACCUGGCCAUGGAGGAUGAGGAGGGCGAGGUGUUCAACAACACCUACCUGACGGACCUCAAACUGGGACGCGUGCCCACGGACAUGACGGCUGAGGAGCUGAUCUACAGGAACUCGCUGCAGCCGCCACACCUGAAGAGCACCUAUGCCGCCCAGUACGAUCUGGGCAGCCAGGACGAAGACCUUAAAGACGGACCCCACAGUCUGGACGACAGCAUGAGUGCCCUGCUGAGCUCCUCGAGCACUGGCACGCGCAAGAAGUCCAUGGGCACCCACUACAAGCGGCCGGGACCGCCCACGCCGAGCAAGAACGGCGGGCGGCUGUCCUUCGGCAGCUCGGAGCCGCCGCGUGAGAUCCUGCGGGAGUUCGGCGGCGACCACCACAACAACACCUCCAAGACGCCGGCGCGCUUCAAGUUCCUCACGCAGCGUUUCAGCGUUGGCAGCAGCGGUCUGCCCCGGGAUGAGCUGCCGCAUCGCAAGCGGCCGAAUCUUCUGACCGGAAUACAGCGCCGUAGGCUACGGCAGGCGGUGGGUUUGUUCUGCACAUCAACGCCCCGCAAGAGCCGCUCCUACUACGAUCAGCAGCGUCUGAUCCGCGCCAGCGAUGCGGAUACAUCAUCGGCGGAUGUCGAAGUGGAGGGGGCGGCGGAGAAGGAGAUGGAAAUGGAGGCGGAGCACCUGGAGGAGCACGUGGAGGAUCAGACUGAGCAGGAGGGCACUCCGCACUUGUCCACAGCAGCGCUGUUGGCCCUGACCAAGGGCAACACCCGGCGCCUGACUGGCCAAAUGAAGCAGCGAAAGGGCCGCGUGUCCCUCUGCAUACACGGCAACAUCUUCGCCAAGAGCCGGCCGGCGGCGGCGAUGAAGGUGUCCAACCAGGCGGUGUCCGGAAAGCGGGUGCUGCUGCGUCGAAAGCUUCGCCAGGAGCGGAUGGGCCGCUUCGACCAGGCCCGCCACCUGGACCAGAUCUCCCUAUCCGCCAAGUCGCCCGAUUCCGCCGAGAACAACAACUACAGCCUGCACAAUCGCAAUGAGGAGCCGCAGCUGCAGCAGCAGCAGCAGCUCCUGAUGGGCCAGACGGUGAUACUGAGCGGCAAGAGGCCCAGGAGUCCCGUCGUGUCCACCACAUUCAGCGUGGAGCAGCACAGCGAGACCUGGCAGCUGCAGCAGCAGUUCGAGUCCGAAAACCUGGCCACCUGGGCCAUGGAGCAUGACCACAGUGCCUUGGACGAGACCCAGGAGGUCUGGCAAUUCGAGCAACUGUGCCAGGAGACGGAGUCCACGGCGCCCUUCCAGCUGCAGCCGCUCAACUAUGAGCUGCCCGUUCAAUCGAUGCCGGCGGAACUGAAGCUACCGCAAUUGGUUAGCUCGUGCAGCAACAUCACCGACGCCAGCUGCGCCACCAACAUGACCAGCACCUCGUCUCGCCGCUCCACCUGCACGGUUUACUCGAUGGGCAGUGUGCACAUGCAGCCGCUGCCGCAGAUCAACAUCACCUACGUGCAGCCGUUGGGCUCCCAGCUGGCCAGGUCCAUGCACAACCGCUCGCUGCCAGCCCAGUGCAGGCGCAUCCUUUGCCGCCUGAGCCUGGGCGAGCGGGUGGUCGUGGGCCUGGCCCUGCUGGCCAUCGUGGCGCUGUGCUGCCUGCAGCUGGAGAACGGGACGGUGCUGGUGCUCACCGCCGUGCUGGCCGCCAUGGGCCUGGUCCUCCUCACCAUUUCCUUUGCCGGUCGCCACUAGGAGCGCUAGAAGCACAAACCAAAAGCAGCAACAGAAACAGAAACCAAAGCAGUGCAAAUCGCACAACUUUCGCUUAGCCAAGGGCCAUGCUCAUCGUUGUGUGUACUCAUCUCUUGUCCAUUUACAGAACUCGCCGCCCAAGCGUCGUCUCAGCAACAUGUUCAAGCGCAAGUAGCCGCCGCCGUCGCAGUAUUACCUACUCGCUCCUUAUCCAGAUCAGCAUCCAGUCCACCUGAUUAUCGCACCUCAAUUUCGGAUACAAUUGGGAAGUCUUCAAUUAUUGAUUUGACCUUAAGCUUUUUUUUUUUGCCCCAUUUAACAACUUCUGGAUAUAAAAUCUAUGUUUAUUAUAUGUUUCAAUGGUACCAUAUCAAGACGAACAUAAGAUGAAGAAUAAAAUUAUAUGUACAUAUUCAAA